UCUUUCCCGCUUCUUUCCUCGUCGAGUUCACUCGGCCGGCGAUGUUCAUCCUCCGAGUCCACUCAGUCGACGCCGAGCGGCCAGCCUCCGUUGAAGAUGACAUUUCCGGCUUCAUCUCCGUCUCCCGGAGAGCUCAGUCGGCCGGAAACCCUAAAUUGACCCCUAAACUCAACGAACGAAGAGGCGUCGUCCACCUCUACCGAAAUUCCUCACGGAGCGCGCUCCCAAAUCCUAAUUCCCGUUCCAGCUCCCUCUUCGUUCUCGCUGUCCCAAAUUAUUUCUCCACCUCUGAUUUCGUACGGUUUUGUGAUUCACACAUCGACAAUGUCUCCGAGUUCCUCUUCUUCAGGAACGACGAAAUGGAAGAUCGAUAUAGUGUUCUUAUCACGCUUCCUGACCAAUCGACAGCAGAUGGACUCUACAAGAACUUGAAUGGCAGACCUUUUGCACCAUCUGAGGCCGAGAUCUGCCAUAUCCUUUAUGUACUAUCCGUGGAAUACACGGAAUCCGAUGAGCUUGCUGGUUCCCCGCCUGCAGGAUUCACCGAGCUACCCACCUGCCCAAUAUGUCUUGAGAGAUUAGAUCCGGACACAAGUGGUGUACUCAGCAGUUCAAAGUGGACUUACCUGUCCUGUCAGGUUUGCCGGUUGUGUCAACAACAGAAUGAGAUACCGAGCUGUUCGAUAUGUGGAACGACAGAAAACAUAUGGACAUGUCUUGUAUGUGGCUUCCUAGGUUGUGGAAGGUAUAAGGAAGGUCAUUCCAUCAAACACUGGAAACAAACACAUCACUGCUAUUCACUCGAUUCACGAACGCGACAAAUCUUGGAUUACAUUGGCGACGUUUACGUUCAUAGAUUAAACCGGUCGAAGGUUGAUGGAAUCAGCAGAUUCGUCUUUGACAGCAAAGUUGAUUCGGUAAGAUUUCUUCUCUCACAGCUGAUAAAUUUUUUUCGUCUCAAUGCUCUUUUCUCUCUUUUGCAGAUUGUAAGAGAGUACAACGACCUUCUCAUAAGUCAGCUGAGGGCACAAAGGCAGUACUAUGAAUAUCUGAUUAUAGAAGCGAGAAGAAAACAAGAGAUCAACGUCUCUGAGGCGAUAGAGCUGGCUGUUGCUGCCCAAAUGGAAGAGCUUCAAAGCAACAUCGAGAAAUCUCAAGAUGAUAAAAAUGGCGUCGCUGAGGUCAACAGAAACCUCGUAAAAGACCAAAAAGCUUUGAAGAAGAUGGCCAGGGACAUAGAACAGAGGGAGGUUGCAUUGCUGAAAUCAAAAGAUGAGACAAUACUUGAUCUUGAAGAACAGAUUAGAGACAUUAGGGUUUACAUCGAAGCCCAGAAAAUCGUCAAGGAUAUGCCGGAUUCCGACACGAUACGUGAAGGAACCGUCCUACCGAUCCCUCGCAAAGAGCCGUCUUCCUCGUCUCGAAAGAAAAAGAAGUCGGGCCGGAGAAGGAAUUGAACAAGUUUCAGAACUGGAAAAACCGGGCCGACGUUAUUUUUACAUUUUCGCCAUGAGAAGAGCUCAAAGCUCAUCCGUAACUGAUGUGAUCACUGUGUAAAUAAUACGUACGUGCAAAAGAUGAAAAAGAGGCAACAACUGAUUACCCAAAAAAAAAAAGUUUGAAGCUUUCAGUAAGAGAAAGCAUACAACUAAGAGUGAUGUUUCUGUUUAACCAAAAGGUUAGUGUCCACUGAGACAUGACUUAGCUUUCGAGGGUUCAGUUUUUUCACCUUCCUCUUCUCGCGUUGAUCGGACAAAUUUACAUUCAAGAGAAGUUAUUUCUCAUCCUAGGUUGUGAAAAAAAAAAAGGAACAAAGAAGAAACCCUAAAGCCGCCAUUAAAAGCUGCAAAAACUUGCAAGCCACAGGCUAGGAGAAAACCUUGGUCUACAUCAGGCUUUGAUUGAUUACUCUAAAAAAAACUGUAGGAGUUUCCAUAUAUUCAUCUAAAAGGAGGAGUUCGAGACGAGAAACGCAAAAAAAAAAA